UCCAGGAUGCUUUGGGGCGGACGGGGGAGAGGGGCAGAGAGUGCGAGAGAGAGGUAGAGAGGGUGAGUUUCUAUCGUGAGGGGAACGGAGGAACCACAGAUCCUUUCUCUCCUCCUAGGAACAAAAAAAAAGAACUGAGAAGUGUGGAAAAGGGGCAAAAGAAAAAAAAGGAUAUGAAAAGAACAUGAAAGAAAGAAAUCGUCAUUAAACGCACUACGAAGUUCUUUCUUUCCCUCUCUUUCUCCAUCUCGCACCUCUCUCAAUUUAAUCUUAAAUCCACUCCAAUUUCCCCCGAGGGACUCAAUUCUCUCUUUUCCUCGAGAGACAGAAGGAGAGGGGGUCCAUUCCUCCUGGUAGAGUGACACCAGGAAUUUCCUCCUUUCUCUCUGCUCUACUCCCCCUGGUGCCCUCCCCUCAACCAUGACACUGCUGGCCUCCGAGAGGUCGCUUCUCAUCCGGAACAAGUUCCGCUCAGUCCUGCAGCUGAGGAUUCAGAACCGAAGGCAGAGUGAAAUCAAUGCAGACCCUGGGCUGAAAUCUACGAGUCCCCCUCAAAAGGCAGAGAAAGACCAGAGUGAAGCUCUGCGUCUAACUGAUGAUGGUGCCACUCAGAAGUUGCCCCCUAGUGGUCUGAACGCUGAAACUGCACAAGAGAGGACUGCGUGCGGCGCCCAGAGGCAAAAGAAGGCUCGCCAGGCGCAGGACCUCACUGAGAGGAUCCAGCGCCCGCCUGGACCUGUGGAGCAACCGCACAAACACACACUGCCCCUGGAGAACCGUCCUGCCUCUUUCCCUCUGUCCACUGAUGUCUUCGAAGAUGACAUCUCCUCCUGCUCCUCCUCGCCCAACGAGCAACAUGGCGUUCACCAAUCACCGGCCUUCUCUUCGCUGUCAGGGCUGUCAGGUGACCAAUUAAUGAGUGACUUCUCUGCUGUGGGCCCGCCCCUUAACCACAGCCCCAGUCAUGCUCAGCCUGGUUUGGCGUUGCUCCCGGCAACCGAGGGCAUCAGACAACCUAUGAGUGUAACGCUGGGUGAAUCAAACACCAUGGCAACAACUGGGAGACCAAAUGGGAUGUAUCUGACCUCUCAGACCACACCCCUGCUGCCAAAGACAGCUCGGCCUCCCAGCCCUACCUGCUCCUCCUCUCUGCCCUCCUCCCUAAACUUCAACCACCUCCCCCGCCCACGGAAACCGAGGGACACCAAACCCAAGAUGAGAAAACUCAAGUAUCACCAGUACAUUCCUCCGGACCAGAGAGGAGGGACUGGGACUGGAGGGGGAGGAGCAAAACAGAAGAGCCCAACCCCUACCCAGUCUUUAGACCCAGCCUAUUCCCAUCUCCUGAAGCAGCAGCAGGUCUUCCUCCAGCUUCAAAUCCUCCAGAACCAGCAGCAGCAGCAACAGCAACAACAACAACAACAACAGCAACAGUUCACUGUUAUACCCAGUGGAGAUCACAGUGAUCUUGUGAAGUCCUCUGGAGCCAUGCCCCUGAACCUCCAACCUGUUCCUGCCACAACAAACCACACCCCCAUGGACACCAACUCCACGCCCAAACCUGAGCUUCUCCCUGCGAAUCUUGUUGAUCUAACAGUGUCAGAGUUGCGGCAGCAGCUGCGUAAGCGUGGCCUCCCCGUCUCUGGUACCAAGCCUGCCCUGUUGCAGCGUCUCCGCCCCUUCCAGCUUCCCCACGCUUGCACCACCCCUGCUCCCCUCUGCCAGCUGGGCACCAGCCUGGAGCCCCUCACCCCCUGCCCCCCUCUGCCGCCCAGCCAGAGCCCUGGCUCAAGCUCCAGCUCUGGACCGGAUUCGCCCAGCAGCAGCCCGAACCAACAGCUCUACAUCCAGGACAGGGGAAUUCCUAAUGGGAUUCUCAGUGACAGUCCAAAUGGAAUUCUGAACGCUGUCCCAAAUAGGUUCGCAAAUGCUGCGUCCGUCAGCUUGGUGGGUGACCAGUGCGGUCUUACCAACGCCGUCUUCCUGGCUCCUGCCAGCACUGCCUCAGGAACUCCCAGUCCCAGUCUACCCAUGUCGUCCUCUUCGCCCCUGCAGUGUGGCGCUCCCUGGAGACCUGAGAAUGAGCAGCAGCAGCAACAGCAGCAGGAGCUGGGUGUGGAGCUGGAGAUGAGAGAGAGGAUAAGGAGCAGGCCCAGGGAUCGCUCCACUAACGCUGCCAAUGAGUCUUGUGAAGGAUCCCUUCAUCCUUUCCUGCAACAGGAUUCAGGAUGCUCUAGGGGGAAGCCAGAAACAGAUGCACAGACAGAGGUGUUGUUUACACAGGUGUUUUGCUGCCAACCGUGUGAUGUGAUUGGCCAGGACUUUGAGCUGCCAGUGCAGAUUACAGCAAGUCCUGUGCAGACCUUGCCUGGUGUUCGCAGUUUGGAGGAAGAACUACAGGAGGCGAUCCAGAAAGCACAGAUGGACCCUCGGCAGUCCAUAGAUGACAUUCUGGAUGAGCCUAUUACUUGUGUUGGCUCUGUCAAUGUUUCUGAUCAUAAAUCCCCUGUCCACUCAGCCCCCGGCCCUUCACCUCCUCCUCCUCAAGCCGAUCAGUCCCAGGCACCACAGCACACCAGGGAUGACAGCUUCCUGCCCUCGCCCCUUUGCUCCUCUCUCUUGCUAGAGCUUCCUCCAUCUCCUGCUGUAAUAAACCCCAACCAGGUUGUCCCAGCUCCUCCCCCACCUCCCAUCUGUACCUCCCCACUGCCGUCCACCGGGAAAUCGCGGAAACGCCGUGCUCCAACGCCGUUUGACGCUGCAGACUGGUUGGAGACGCUGACAUCUGGCCUACGCCCUCUCACUCCACCGACAGCUCCCUUUGUUGAGUCAGAUUUCAGUCUGGAUUCAGAUCUGAAUGUCAAUCGAGUGUUGGAUCUGAUGAUAGAGCAGUGGUGAGGAAUCGUGUGCACAUAUCUGUUUGUAACCCCUUUGUAUGUACAGUAGGUGAGCGUUGUAAUUUUUGACUGUUAUGAAUGGGGAAAGCUGUAUGCAUCCCACUGAGGGCACAAGAUUGUGAAUAGAGGCCUCCGUCCAUUCAUCCAAUCACCCAUCCAUCCAUCCAUCCAUCCAUCAUUGAUAGGCUGUCAGAAUCUCUGGCUCCACGCAAUGUCGAGAGCUUGAUUCAUUGCAGCCAUCAGAUCAAACAUAGCUUUGAUGGGCAACGAGAGCACAAACACAUGCACGCACAUGCAACCUACGCAUGCGUAGACACUGCAAAGCGCUGUUUAAAAGCACUUGGGUUCAGCCAGAAAUGCAAACAAGCAACACAUCUGUGGAUUGACACACUCCGCUGCACAAUGUUUGCAGUGCAAAACAAAAGAAAACCUGGUGGCAUAUUAAUUUCAACAUGCUUCCUGGCUGCACUGGGAGAGUGUUGUUUCUGACUUAUCUCCAAAACCCGUUGUCGGAUUGGGUUGAGUGUGGCCCCUGGUGUCGACUCAGUCAUUGAGUCCUAGCCAUUCAUAAAGCCCAUUUAGAGCGUGUAAAAAGUCAGACAGAGCACACAGCUUGUGUGUGGCUCCAGACCUUAACCCUGGUGCCAGACACACAGUCGGCAUGCAGAGAGAGAAAACUGGCAGAAGCUACAAACAAGCAAUGUGUGUGUGUGCAUGUGUUUGUGUAAAUAUGCAAGCUUGUGUGUGUGUGUGUAUGUAUGUUAAGUAUGUGUGUGUUCAAUAUGUCUGACUAUGUGCGACUGUGCACACAAGGCUGCUUUUGUUUGUAUGUGUUGACGCACAAAUGCUUCCAUGUAUAUUUAUCAGCAUUAAUGCCAAAUGCACUUGUAGCUGUGUGUUUGCUUAAGCCUGUUUGCGUGUGGUAUGAUUGAUCUGCGAGAGGACACGUGUGAAAAGACACAGAGAAGAGGUGGAGGAUUUCUGUGUCCAUGCUUCAAGACCAGACAUUUCACUGUAGUCUCACUGCCAGCAGGCAGUAACUCCAGUGUAGUUAUCCAGUGUAAUCAUCAGCACAAUCACAUUACCGUGUUCAAGUCACCGUUCUCCAGGAGAGCAAUCAGGCAACCACCCCUCAAAUAGUCCCCAUACAAAUGCACCAAUCAGACAAGUGAGAGUUUCCUCAUUGCUUUCUAAAAACAGGUGGUCAUUUUGUUCCCUGAUUAACCCCCAACAGUGUCUGGCCCGCUGCUCAGCGCUUACCCUGCUACUUGCAAAGCCAGAUUUAGCACAAUUUAUAACCCAACACCAAGUCCACACCUGUUCACUUAGUGUAAAUUAAUUCCACAAAUGUAUUAUUUGACAUUGUUAAAUCUUUGCUGUACAUUUCAAUACACAAAAUGACCAUCUCUAUUAAGAGAAAAUGCACUGUAGAAGUAGCACAAAAUAUGUUUGGAGAAUAUGUAACGUGUCACAUGACCAGAGGUGAGCUUGUCAGUUGAAGCUGAUACAGUGCCGCACAUUUUCUUAAUGGUGACAAUGAUCUUGCUUUUAUAUUCUACAUGAUUUACUGGUCAUGCAGGAAUGGGUACAUUAUUUGUUUGCAUAAUACACGGUCAGUGAGUUAUGUCCAUUCUCACCUCCACUUAACAUAAUGACUUCAAUGGAAAAAAAUCUGACAGGGGUUAGCUGCCAUUAACCUCUGCUGUUCUAGAUAAAUGUAAUUUAGAUACGAGAUCUCAUCUACAUAAAAUUAUAUUCUGCCCAUAAUUGGCUGACUGUCCCAUCAAUCAUUUUGGAGAGCUGUGAUUGGCUUAUUCAUAUCUGCAACAUUUCUAUCAUUUGAUUACUAACUGGAGGUCCUUUUGUAUGACCACAUUAUUUUAAAAGAAAGUGUUUUGUCCCCUUCUGUGUCUCCAAAAUAUUGUGUUAAAAUGAAAAGUAAAGUGCUGAGCGCAAUAUGAUUUGUGUAAAGGCCACAGAAACUGGCAGGUCUGAGGUCAUGCCAUAGUAUGUUAAUGUCAUGUUUGCUGCCGGCCUGUUUCUUGUUCUGAUGAUAAACCAGUGUCUUACUAAGCGAGACAACCACGGUGAAUUAUUGAAAGAAGAUAGCUGUGUCGGCAAAUCUUCAGCACAGUAUCACAGCUUUAUGUUGAAGCAGUUCUUGUACAGCUUUCACCACAGAGACUAUGAAAAAUGCAGUAAAAUGUGAAUGGAUGGCUAUGAUAAUCAUAGCGAUCAAUAAACAUUGUCUACUGCAUAAAAAAAAAAAGAAAAUUGAUUGGCAGGAGAGUAAGAUGCUACCUCCUGUGACUUCCAGUGCUUUAGGGCCUACACCAGUGUUUUCCUUGUUUCUCAUUUAAUUUCCGAACACUGGUACAGAGUCUCCUGGAAAACCCCUGAGACAGUUUCACAGGCUCGACUGAGCCCAGGUUUAAUACUUCUGCUCUAAACUGGGUUUGAAUCUGACCUGAUCCAUAUUUGAAGCUGGUAAGGACAGACGUCUGCUGGAAACACUGGGGUGUUUCAGGUAACCCAGACUCUGUUGGCCACCUCUGCUGCUAUAAAUGCCUUAUUGUGAAAUGUCAGACAAUGUAAAAUCUGUUUGCUUUUAUUUAUUAUGUAACUUAUUCAUGCAAAAGAUAUCAACCUCUGUCCAAAAUGUAUUUAAGAGCAUUAAAAAAAAUUAAAGUCUUAAUAGAUUUCCUA